CCGGUCCCGGCCUGGCUUGUGCUUGAUUUGCUUCAGGCGCUUUCUCAGAGUCGGAGCGCAAAGCAUCGUGGGGCGCCAAAGUCGGCGGAGAACAUUGCUCGAGCGAUCGCAUCGAACAGGAAAUCGGCGCGAUACAGAAGCAGGCAGCAACAGAAUUGUGGCGGGCGUAGCAUUAAACCUGCCUUUGGCCGUUGCUCGGAUUUGCCCCUCUGAGGGUCUGAGGAGCCGAGAAAUUGGUGAAGGAUGGCGUCUGCUCAAGACAUAUCAGGGGAGGAAAUCAGCGCACCUCUUAUGGGUUCAAAGGAAGAGGACAUCGAGCUGUCAGCAGGUGCUGAGGAGACAGAGGAGGACAGCAGUACUGGUUUGGAGGGAGCGCCUAAGAAUCUACCUGUAGGCGAAGAGGAAGUACGGAACAAGGAGCAGGGAAGUAGUUCGUCAUCAGAUGAUGAGGAACCCUCGAAAAGCAAACACACAGAGUUCAUGGGAAGAGAUGACCAAUUCCCCCCUAAAGUGACCUCGGAGGUCGAGGAACUGGCAGAAGGAGUCACGAAACAGAUCAUAACAGCUGGAAGAGGGGAGAAAACUCCCUCCAGACAUUCCACUUGUUUCUUGCACUACAGAGCUUGGGCUGAGAGCACUAUGCACAAGUUUGAGGAUACCUGGCAAGAAGGGGCACCUUUUGAGCUAAUCCUUGGACACGAAAAAAAGGUUCUGCGAGGACUUGCGAUUGCCGUGGCAAGCAUGAGAACCGGAGAAACUGCUCUUUAUCGUGUUGGAUACAAACUGGGAUAUGGAGACGAGGGCAAUUUUUCCUUCCCUAAUGUACCACCCAAGGCUAAUUUGAUAUACGAAGUGGCACUGGUUGGAUUCGAGGAAGCCAAAGAAGGCAGGCCUCGUGGAGAGAUGAUGGUAGAAGAGCGAAUUGAGGCUGCAGAUCGUAGACGAGUGGAUGGUAACGAAUUUUUCAAAGAAAACAAGUUUGAAGAAGCGAUCCAACAGUAUGAAAUGGCUCUUGCGUAUAUGGGAGAUGAUUUCAUGUUCCAGCUUUUCGGCAAGUACAAAGACAUGGCCGAUGCAGUGAAAACACCUUGCCAUCUCAAUAUGGCAGCGAGCCUUCUGAAGUUGGAGCGCUACGAGGAAGCGAUUGGUCACUGCACUAUUUUGUAGUUUCUACACGUAGCUGGUCUGAACGAUGAAAUUAAAAUUCACGAAGUCUUUACUCAUACGAAAGGCUGUAUCGUCCUAGCUCUGUUUGAAUCGUUUCUCCAACGAUUGUCCACAGGUACUCGGAGAGGACGCGAAGAACACCAAAGCUCUUUUUAGACGAGGAAAAGCUCGAGCAGCUCUUGGUCAAACGGAUGCUGCGAAGGAGGACUUUCAGAAAGUGAGGAAGUUAGCUCCUGAUGACAAGGCUGUAAUGCGUGAGCUGCGCAGCAUUGCAGAGCAUGAUCGCGAACUAUAUCUGAAACAGAAGGAGCUUUACAAAGGUUUAUUCCCGCCUGCUCCGGAAGAAAAACCGAAGAAGAAGAACCCGUGGUAUAUGGACAUAUUGCAGUGGUUUGUCUCGAUCUUCAGAUUCGUGUUGGGUUUUGUCGGUCUCAAUAAGCAGAAGAGGAAUAAAGCGGACUAGCUACAGAGUUUUGAUAGAAAUCGAAUUAGAUGAAUAAUUUCGAGGCUGUCAUAUGCACAGCCUAUACGUCUUUGAUCCUCCUACAAACAGGACUUUCUCCUUGCUGGUACUUGGAGCUCAGUAGGCAGUGCACUAGGAAUCGAUAAAUGUAGGUAUAAGGGCGGACCUAGGAGGAAGAUGCUUCUUCAUAGUGGAACAUCACCAUAUUGUAAAUGAGAGAAAAGAGUCCAAACUCUGAGAAUCUAGAUUUGUUUUUCUGUAAAGUGUAUUUUCUUGACCUCGUUUCCUGGAUCCGAGUAAAAAAAAAUGGCAAUCUUUCUAUCGUCUUUGGCUGUCAUAGUACUCAAAGCAAGUUGUACGUGCUGUGAAACUAGUUCUGAGCGCUGACAGAAGCAAUUUCGACACUCGUUACAGUUUUUGUGGAAGAAAGAAACUGUGAAUUUAAGGAAAUUAGUCUUCGCUCCCUCUCCGGUCCACCACCUAAUCCGACAGCAAAUAACAAGAAGUUUUUAUAGUGAAGUUUCUUUGGGCACUGCUUGAUUGAAGACUGAUAGGUUAACGUUUCCUCGUCGUCUUGGCUGCGAUAAGCCCCCUAAAUAGAAGAAAACCUACUGGCCAAAACCUUCACUUUUGCUCGCCCCCUUUCAGCUGUAGCUGCGAGAAGCAGUAAAUGGCGACGUUCAAUAUUCGCAGAGGAGGAAAUGAACGAAUAUCGGGUACUGUAUCAAAUGUAUGAUACAUCGACGCCAACUAGAAAGAUAGAGAAAGGAAAAAAUGUCACAACAGUUUUGAAUUGUGAAGGAAGCGAAAGUUCUC